CACACAUGUGUCCGACACUCUACGCGCUCUCAGCAUCGCUCCGCAGCCUCAGACUGCGCGGCGGCGUGAUCGGCGUCGCCAACGCGCCGCCCGUCGUCGAAGCGCUGCGAAUAAGCGGCUGCGCGGCCACGCACCGCGCCGGCGCCGUCAGCGAGGCGGAGAACCAGUCGCUCGGUCAAUGCGGCGAGGUGCUCGCGCUCGACGCGUCUGCUGCCGGCGCGGCGCGUCCGCUCGGAGCGUGGCCCGCCGCGUCCACGCCCGCCCUGGCGCACCCUGGCCUCGCCACCGCCGCUGCGAUAGCCCGCUCGUACGGCGCGAGACUCUCGAUCGACACGUCGCUCAGCGCGGCGCCGCUGCGCCACAUCGGCGGCUACUUUAGCGGGCCGCGCGGGACGCUCGCCAUCGCGGUCGACUCGAGCUGGGCGGAGGCCGUGCACGAGCUCACACACGCGCGCGUCCACAGACCAACCAGCGGCGCGGGCUCCAGCUCCGCCACGGCCGCACGCACCGGCACCGCCGCCGACGUCUCCGCCGAGCCAUUGCACACGCACUGGUGGGGCGCGGCAGAGGGCGUGGCAGAGCUCGUCUGCCGCGAGCACGAGCUACACGCCUUGCGUGCGCCCGCCGCAGGCUCGGGCUCGGCGCUGCAGCGUGCCAUCGCUUCCGUGCUCGCGGCGCACACGCGCGAGCUGCGGCGGAUGCGCGCCGUCCUGCUGCUCAUCGGGGGGCGCGCGCGCCUCGUCUACCUCGCCGCCGCCGCCGUGGCGGCCACGGCGUCGCUCAGCGCGCUGCUGCGCUCGGUUGGACUCGGCCCGCGGGCCGGCCCUGCUGGUGACAGCCCCGCUGGCUGAGCACAUGUCUAAGUCUCGCGAGUACCUCCACGGCGGCCAGGCCAGGCGCAACCUCGGAUGUGAAGAAAGAAAAAAAGGCAGAUGUGCGACAUCCCAAGCUCGGGUUGAAAGAAAGACAGAAAACGG